UCCGCGAAUGUUAUCCACAACGGUCUCAGACUCCAGUCUACACUGCUUUCCGCUGUAAUCAAUCCCGGAGAAGAAGCGGAGCAAAUGCCGGCGGCGACUUCCUUUCUCAGCUCUCCGGCCGGAGCUUCGCACCUCCCCUUCUCCCUUGUACUAAUCUCUUCUUCUUCUUCCUCCACCCUAAAACCCCACGUGGGGUUUAUCUUCAAUUCGCUCCCGAAAUGCCCACCCCGCUUGCUCUUCUCUUCCCCGCACGCCGCCACCGGCGGCAGAACCUCUCUCCUCCUCCGCCCCUCGGCUCUCGCCGUCGACGACGCGCUUGGGCAAUCCGCCGAUACGUUCUCGGUGCAGCCCAAGAUUGACAAGAGCGGGAGAUUUUGCAGCCCCAGGGCGGCUCGGGAGCUUGCUCUGAUGACUCUAUAUGCCUCGUGUUUAGAAGGGACUGACCCUGUUCGACUUUUCGAGAAAAGGUUGAGCAUUAGAAGAGAACCUGGCUAUGAAUUUGAUAAAGAGUGUUUAACGAAAUAUAACCAUAUGAGCUUUGGAGGGCCACCAGUGACAACAGAGACACUGGAGGAAGCUGAUCAGCUUGAGCUCAGUGAUGAAAAGGAGUCUGAAGUUGAAGCAGAAGUUCUGUCAGCACCCCCAAAGUUAGUUUACAGCAAACUAAUUUUACGCUUCACCCGGAAACUUUUGGUUGCAGUUGCCGAGAAAUGGGACAGCCAUGUGCUCGUAAUUGAUAAAGUUGCGCCUCACAAUUGGAAGAGUGAACCGGCUGGAAGAAUCUUGGAACUUUCGAUUCUUCAUUUGGCAAUGUCUGAAAUUGCAGUGCUGGGAACUCGGCACCAAAUAGUUAUCAACGAGGCGGUAGAUCUUGCAAAACGGUUCUGUGAUGGGGCAGCACCUCGUAUCAUCAAUGGUUGCCUCAGGACAUUUGUGAAGGAUCUCGGGGGAACUAGCGCUGACCGAAUAACAAACUCAAGCAUUAAGCAGUCGGUUUUUACUUAGAUGCAUUGUCGAGGGUCAAGGUCUUCACCUCACGCAAUGGCGUGUUGCUGAGUGAGCUGUAGCAGUCGAGAGAGAGCUCUUAUUCUCUCGGGCCAUUUCUACGUAAAGCCAUGGAAGGGCGUGACAGAACGAAAUCCUUGGUGUGCCAUAACAGGCGAUUGCGAGGCGGGGCAAAAAAAAUUAUAUGUUGAAUAUAGAGAGCAAGUGUUGUAUAUGAUGAUAAUGCUGUGCUAAUACUGGCCAUUGAAACUGGGAUUUUUAUGAUGAAUGUUGAAUUUCAUAGGAACAUUGGACAAUUGAAGUGUAUUGUUGUUGUGUGUUCUGCUGUCAAAGUAGAUAUAUACAGCUAUAUCAAUUGAUUUCUUCUGUUUUUGUUUUC